AUGGCCGAUUUCACCACACUAGAGUUCACCACACUAGAUUUCACCACACUAGAGUUCACCACACUAGAUUUCUCCACACUAGAGUUCACCACACUAGAUUUCACCACACUAGAGUUCACCACACUAGAUUUCACCACACUAGAGUUCACCACACUAGAGUUCACCACACUAGAGUUCACCACACUAGAUUUCACCACACUAGAUUUCACCACACUAGAGUUCACCACACUAGAUUUCUCCACACUAGAGUUCACCACAAUAGAUUUCACCACACUAGAGUUCACCACACUAGAUUUCACCACAAUAGAUUUCACCACACUAGAGUUCACCACACUAGAUUUCUCCACACUAGAGUUCACCACACUAGAGUUCACCACACUUGAGUUCACCACACUAGAGUUCACCACACUGAAGUCUGUUAUAAAUUUGAUUUGA